CACGCUCUCUCUCUCUCUCUCUCUCUCUCUCUCUCUCUCUCUCUUUCUACCCCCUCCCUUCUCUCACCGGUUGCUUUGUUUUGUUUUUAGCUAUGAUCAGACAAACAAAAAACAUCUGAUUCAGCGUCUGAACAAGGGAAAGAAUUUGACAAGAGAUUUAAGGAAGAUGGCGAGAGAGAAAACAAAGAUAAAGAAGAUAGACAAGUUGACGGCAAGGCAGGUGACGUUCUCGAAGAGGAAAAGAGGGCUGAUCAAGAAGGCUCAGGAACUCUCCGUUCUAUGUGACGCUGACGUGUCCCUCAUCAUCUUCUCAGCCACUGGCAAGCUCCAUGAUUUCUCCAGCUCCAGUAUGGAGGAUACACUAACGAGGUAUUAUGGGCACCACUCCAACAAAGUUGAGAAACCAGUCCGACCAUGUGUUGCACUCGAGAUAGAGAACACCAAUUGGAAAAUGUUGUGCAACGAAGUGUAUGGUCAGGCUCAUGAACUGAGGCAGAUGAAGGGAGAGGAUCUGGAGGGUUUGAACGGGGAGGAAUUGGAGCAAUUAGAGAAGAAACUGGAGGCGGGAUUGAGCCUCGUGAUCAAGACUAAGGAAGAGCAAACAUGGAACGAGAUCAACAAACUGCAAAGGGAGGAAGCACAGUUGAUUAAAGAGAACAAGCAACUGAAACAUGAAAUGAAGAUUUUAGAUCGAGGGAAAUUGGUGACCGUGAACUCAGAGUUGGUUAACAACGUUUCCAUCGGCAGCAGUAGCAUUCCUCCUCUGGAUGACGAUAGCCCUUAUCCCCCAAGUUCGGGUUGGCAAACAAUUAGAACUGGUUUACUGAAAAUGAGCGUCCUUUCCGAAGCUGAAGUCUCGGACAGGAGACAGCCAACAGGUGCAUUUUUCUGCAAGCAAUCAACAAAGUAUUGAAGCCUGUGACUUCAAUAAUUGCAACGAAGGAUUGGAGCCUAUGAUUGCAAAAACUAUCAUUGAAUAUAGUUAGUGCAUAUAGCUAGUUGAUGAUUUAACUUCCUAUAUAGAUGGAAAUGUUGUAACGAUUUUCCGUCUUAAAGAAUUUGUACUAUAUUCUCUUGCUCGGUUGCUCUAGACAACAUUGAUAUAAUGAUGUACCAUUGAAUGCAGGAUAUCUAUUAACAAGUUACAUUGCUUAAAUGUA